AUGCAAUUAAACGAUUUAGAACAAGAAGAUGAAGAAUUUCAAAAUUUUCUUAAACAAGUAACACUAUCAAAAAAGCCUGAUGAAAAUAAACAAGCCAAAAACAACGAUGAACGUAUUGCUGUUAGACCUGAACCUGGUUUUUGUUUAAAAACUAAACGUAUUGGUGAUGAAGCAAACAAUGAAAAAGUUUUCAUUAAUGUUUGUAUGUCAUCUCAAAUCAAUGCUCCACGAGAAAUCACCGAAGAAGAACUGAUUGAAAUAGUUAAAUCAGAAGAUCCAGGAAGAUAUCGUGUACCUAUUAGUUUGGGUGAACCAAUGGCUGAUCUUGAUAAACAUGGACAAGCUUGCACGAUUUUUACUGUUAUUAUUCAUCCGGACUUCUAUCGUCGCGCACAUUCAAGUCCGACAUUUAUGAAUUUCUUACUUACGUUGAUGUAUGAAGGUUUAGAAAGCAAAUAUCCACAAUUUAAACUUGAUACAGGUAAGUCAAAUGAUAAUUUCGCUCACUAUAUUAUUUUCGUUUUCCACAACACAUACGUACAAAUAAAGAAGCAUCAAUACCAAUGA